UACGAAGGUAGCUAAACACGAACGUGCUCUCUUUGACACGAAGAAUCAAAUCGAUUUGUCGAUAGUUAUAAACCAUUUUCAAAUUUGUUUCAACUAUAAUUUGUGUAUAAGAAGCGAUCAAUAUUUUACGAUUUUCCGCUAUCAUUUAUUUAGGAAGCAAGUUAAAUAGAUCACAAGAAAUAUAAGAGAUGUUCAUAAGAGAUGUUCGUGUUACCACUUUUGCAGUCGUAAUACGUUCAAAAAUUUCAGUGAAAGGAUUGACUGGAUUUUAACUUUUCGUGACGACGUUGAUCUAUAGAUCUUCAAACCGUUGUCCGCGUUGGACGAGCUGUGGAUACGCGCGAACAACUUUAUUUUUUAAAAUAUAGAUAAUAUCUGGAAAAGUAAUAAGAUGGCGCAAUUUGUAAUGGCAGUAUAUGAUGAAUACCGCAAUCUGAUGGACAAUAAGAGCGAUCCUAGAGUCAACAACUGGUUCAUGAUGAGUAGUCCAUUCCCAACCUUAUUUAUUUGCUUAUUUUAUGCCUACUUCGUCAAAGUUUUGGGCCCUAAACUCAUGGAAAAUCGUAAAUCUUUCGAUCUUAGAAAAAUUUUGCUAUUUUAUAAUUUCUUUCAAGUGAUAUUCUCCGCAUGGCUGUUUUAUGAGAGCUUGGUAUCAGGAUGGGGAGGUCAAUAUUCCUUCCGUUGUCAACCGGUAGAUUAUUCAAAUAAUCCAUUGGCACUUCGAAUGGCACGAGGUUGUUGGUGGUAUUAUUUCUCAAAAUUUAUCGAAUUUUUGGAUACGAUAUUCUUUGUGUUAAGAAAAAAGAACAAUCAGAUCACAAUUUUACACGUAAUUCAUCAUGGAUGCAUGCCGAUGUCUGUUUGGUUUGGCGUUAAAUUCAGUCCUGGUGGCCACAGCUCGUUCUUCGGCUUCCUCAACACAUUCGUGCACAUCUGGAUGUACGCCUAUUAUUUCUUGGCCGCUCUUGGACCAAAAGUGCAACGCUUCCUCUGGUGGAAGAAAUACCUGACCACCAUGCAAAUGAUUCAAUUCGUCCUUGUGAUAAUCCACGCGUUCCAGCUUCUCUUCAUCGAAUGUAAUUAUCCGAAAGCAUUUGUCUGGUGGAUCGGCAUGCACGCUAUCAUGUUCUACUUCUUGUUCCGUAAUUUCUAUACUCAAGCGUAUAAGAAGAACCAAUCUUCCACCGUGCAGUUAAAGAAGGAACUAGAAACAGAGAAAUGGAAAAAAGAGCAGAAUGAUAGUGUGAAAGAGAACAGGACGAUAUAUGCCAACGAGUAUAAAAUGGCAACCGGAUAUAUCUCUGACAGUGGACUUAGGAACCGUGUGUUUAUCGACAAUCGCAAUUUCCAAAAGUAAAAAAUUUCGAAAAUAAUUAUCUAUGCAUCGUAUUUCGUGAAUACACAAAUGUGAAUUCGUGUCACAUAAUAAUGUGAUAGCCAGUCUAACCAAUAUAAAUUUUAAAAAAAUAAGUUCUAAUAGCGAUUCUAAAUACUUGGGUUGUAAGAAGUUAAAAUUAAAGAACUGCCAAAUUUCAUCUCUUAAGAUUAAAAGAUUUAAGACUUAAGAUUAGUCAAUGAAAAAGCUUGAGGCCGUCACGUUUACUAUGGCUAUGUGAUUGCAGAUUAUUUGAUGACAAAGAGAUUAAUUGCUCAAACAGUUUCAAAUCCUCAUGAGUAAUCUUGGAAUUAAAAAUUAUAAUUAUUUGAUGACAAAGAUCAAAUGAAGACAAGAGCUCAAAUAAUUUCAAAUUGUCAUGAGUAAUUUUGAAAUUGCAAUUGUUUGAUGACAAAUAAGAUUAGUUGAUAAGAAUAAUUUCAAACCAAUUAUAACUAAUAUCUAGACUUAAAGAUCUGAUUUUUCUCUCAUUGUUUGAAUUUUAACAAUGUUACUAAUCGUUUUUUAAAGAUUUAGAAUUAAGAUUUAAGAUUUAUUAUAGACCAAUUGUGAUCAAAUUUAUCACAAUUUGAUACGAUGUCAAGGAUAUCACAUGAAUAUGACGCGUUCCUUCUUUUUUGAAUUUUUCGGCUUGUCUAUUGAUUAUUGAUUAUAUGAAAUACAUUCGUGUGAAAUUUUUCACAACGUUUCAUGUGUGCUUGCAGAUGUAUGUCUUUAUAUAAGCAAGACUGUAUCAGUGAAUGUAUGAGAAUUAGAGUAAGAUAUAAGGAGAAGACGUGGCGGCAAUACACCGCCAAUACAAAUUUAACUAUCGUUUAGUUAAGAUUACGAGAAUUGCCAAAAAAAUUUUUCUUUUCUUUUUAAGGCUUUUAUUAUGAAUCUUGUAAAUUAUGUUGAUGAAGUUCAAAAAUUGCACGCAACGAAACGAGUCAAAGAAAUCAAACUCAUUAACUUUUUUUCAAUUAUUCAUUCGAAAAAAAUUAACUAAAAAUCAGUAACAUUGUAUAUUAUAUUUUAGAUUUUAAAUUUAAUUUUUUUAACUUAAGAAUUUUUAAGAAAAUAGAAUUGAUUAAUUUGGUUCCUAAGUAGCUCAAAUUAUGUUACAAGCAAUUUUAUGUCAAAUAUUAUGUCAAACAAUUUAUAUUAUAUAUAUAUAAUUUAUGUUAUACUAUAUAUAUAUAAUAUAUAUUUUA